AUGGCGACCGGCAGCGGCGUGGGAUGGGUUUUCCCGCCCGAGGCUUGGGACCAAGAUGAAGCACUUCCAGAUCUGGGAAGUGAGACCCUUGAUUUACCAGAAAGCACCACUGUAUGGGCUUGCGAUGAUCCCAAAGUGGCAAAGCUGACUGCCAGCUUGCCAGGAUCUGCAAAGGAGCAGACCUGUUGCCACAACACAGACAAGGCGCUCGAGCAAGCGGGCACAAUCUCACCCCUGGACACGCUGUCCCUGCAGAAAGGGCUGUGUUUGAUUCAGCAUCUCCUGAUCCAGAGAGUGUUCACCCUGGAGUGUAAUAAUAGUCAUUUCAACGCCAAUGUUCAACGAUUCACCCAUGAGAAGCAUGAGAGGAUUUUAACUUAUCAGAAAAGGUCUUUACACUUCUCCUUUAACUUCACUCUUCUGCAGGCAGAACUGGGGAAGCCCCAGAGAAACUGCUACACCCUGCCAGGCUUUGAUUUUUCAUACGGGCUGUAUAUCCACAGGACAGAUGGAGGAGUCCCUGAAGCAAUAGGCCACUGGAACACAGUAAAGUCCAGGACUGCUGCAGUUCAGAAGAUGCCCCGAGAUUUCAUCACCAUGAACCGUGGUGCUCUGAAGGCCGGUUAUACCACAGCCCGUGAAUUUAAUUUGUACUACAAGGCCAAGGACAUUCGGUGCAAAGAUGAUGAAUACAGCCGCUUCAACAGAUGUCCUCCUAAAGUGCCUGCCGACUUCACUUACGGCAUCACAUCACGGCCUUGCACUCCCUUUUUUGACCUCCUCCAACACAGAUACAAGGAGCUGUGGAUGGAGCAGCAGAGAGCCCUGACAGCAGCCCUGCGAGCAGAAAAGAAAAAGUCACAGAAAGAAAGAGUCCAUGAAACUCGCACUACAUUUCUGCGAAAACAUCCACCACCUGCAAAGGAGGAGUCCUUCUGGCACCUGCCCCGCUUGGAGAAGGUUGGGCCUCAUCUCAGUACUUUUCCAGACCGUGAUACUCGUAAAAAGGCAUUCAGUGCCUCCCAUUGA